UUUGUUUAUAAUCAGGAAAUAAUUGUAGGCCACGGUCAUGUGGGAUAUGUAUACAAUCGUGAGAGUGAGACUGGUGCCAAAACCUUCCAAAGGUUUUCUGAUACAAAAACAAAGACAAUUCCUUAGAAAAUACAAAGCAAACGACGAAUAAGUUGUACAUACCACUUGCUCUCUCAAUCACGAGAGAGAGAGAGAGAGAGAGAGAGAGAGAGAGAGAGGAGGACUUCCUCGAAGAGAAACUCAACCCCCUCACACACAAAAGUGUACCUCAUAAUUUCCAAACCAAUUUCAUUCUUUCUUUUCUGUCUUUCUGUCUCUAAGCUUUCCCAUUUCUAAUUCUCCUUUGGAUUGCUCCGUUUGUGGUCAUGGAAGUAAACCAAGCUAUUGCACCUGCAGGGUCUUUUGGUCAUGAAGCACCAAACAACCAUAGCCAUAAGUACAAUUCCUCAUCUUUCCAAACCAACCACCAGCAUCAGCACCAUGGAAUCUUCCCUUCAAAAUCCAUUCUCAUAAUCAUCAUAUCCGCAGUCUCAUUUGUAAUCAUCCUCUUUGCCUUGUUUCUCAUCAUGUUCAUGGUUAAACGACUCAAAUCCACCAAAAAAAGCCUCACUUUCAAAGAGAGUAGCGGCAUCAACAAUGCGAGUAGCAGGUUCAUGAAUCAUGCUACUGCUAUAAACUUCGUGUCUAGCCCAGAUGUCAAAGGUGGGUGUCUUUAUGGAGGAAAUUUGAGCAGGACAUCAACAAGUAGACAAAGAGAGAGAGGAGUCCAGGUGUUCACAUAUAAGGAACUUGAAAUGGCGACAGAGAGAUUUAAUGAGGGAAAUGUGAUAGGCAGUGGUGGGUUUGGGGUAGUGUAUAGAGGGGUCCUCAGUGAUGGAACUGUGGCUGCAAUUAAGAUGUUGCAUAAAGUUGGGAAGCAAGGAGAGCGUGCUUUCAGGGUCGAGGUGGACUUGCUAAGCAGAUUACACUCUCCUUAUUUGGUGGAGCUACUUGGGUAUUGUGCGGACCAGCAUCAUAGGCUCUUAAUAUUUGAAUACAUGCCCAAUGGUACUCUACAACAUCACAUUCACAAUCAACAUCAGCCGUUGGAUUGGGGGACCCGUUUGAGAAUGGCACUUGAUUGUGCUAGGGCCCUUGAGUUCCUCCAUGAGAAUUCUACUCAAUCUGUUAUCCAUCGUGAUUUCAAGAGCACCAAUGUUCUACUCGAUCAAAAUUUCCGAGCAAAAGUUUCUGAUUUUGGGUUGGCCAAGAUGGGUUCGGACAAGAUCAAUGGUCAGAUCUCAACACGUGUACUGGGGACCACAGGAUAUCUGGCACCAGAAUAUGCUUCAACAGGAAAGCUUACUACAAAGUCUGAUGUAUAUAGCUAUGGAGUUGUUCUUUUGGAGCUGUUAACAGGCCGUGUUCCAGUUGAUACCAAGCGACCUCCUGGAGAGCAUGUUCUUGUCUCAUGGGCUCUUCCAAGGUUAACUAACAGAGAAAAGGUGGUGAAGAUGGUUGAUCCAGCUCUGAAGGACAACUACUCAAAGAAAGAUCUAAUCCAGAUUGCUGCAAUUGCAGCCAUGUGUGUGCAGCCAGAAGCAGACUACCGGCCUUUAAUGACAGAUGUAGUGCAGUCAUUAAUCCCCCUGGUUAAGAACAACUCUAAUAUUAUUGGCUCUUCUAGAUUUCAGAUUCCAUCAAUACUAAGUCCCAGAUAUUAGCUAGGCCAACAUAUGUGUCAAAACUACUGCAACAAAAUACAUAUUAUAUCAGUAAACAAUCAAACAGUUUGUCAGAUAUAAUUUUAAGCAGCCACAAAGACAAGUUUUGAGUGGUUUAGAAGAAUGUUGGUUUAUGGAUUGGACUUCCAGCUUCUUCUGAAAUUCUUACUGGAUAGGAACAGGAUUGGCUAAGUAUAUAAAAAUCAAUUCAGCACAGCUCGAUGCAUAUUUGUAGGCCAGCAUGAACAGUAUUCUACUUUGGAAGACAACAGGGAUACCUGGCCCAGGAUCAUAAGCGAAGCGGGAACUGCACAAGUUUUCUGUAUACAAAAUUUCGUACGUUAGCCAUUAAUAAAGCACCCAACUUUCUUUGCACAGUUCUGGGUGUAAAUUUAUUUUUUCAAACUUUUUAUUUAUUGCCAUAGGUCCACAGGUGUUAGUUGUUUAAGUUUGCUAUCUGUCCAGAUCAAAUUUAAUUUUGUCAUUUAAAAUUUUGUCAUGCCAAAAUGAUCAUGAAAAUACCCAAAUACGUCAAAUACACAUUUUUUACAAUCAAAAAAAAUAAAAACCAAUUUCCUCGA